AUGAAAGUUCUCGAAGAAAGAAAUGCAUUUUUAAGUGACUAUGAAGUUUUGAAAUUCCUAACAGAUCUAGAAAGAAAACAUCUUUGGGACCAAAAGAGUCAGGCAGCGCUAAAGAAAAAUCGCUCAAAAGGUAAGCAAAACAGGCCUUAUAAUCAUCCUGAGUUGCAGGGUAUUACUCGCAAUGUGGUCAACUACCUCAGUAUAAACAAAAACUAUAUCAAUCAGGAAGAUGAGGGCGAGGACCGAGGAAGCAGCGAUGUAAAAGAUGCUGAAAAAUCCGGCGUAAGCAAAAUGAGCGAUGAAAGCUUUGCCGAGUUAAUGACUAAAUUGAAUUCCUUCAAAUUAUUCAAAGCGGAAAAACUACAAAUUGUCAAUCAACUUCCUGCCAAUAUGGUCCACCUUUACUCUAUAGUAGAGGAAUGUGAUGCAAGAUUUGACGAAAAGACAAUUGAGGAAAUGCUAAAAAUCAUCUCCGGCUACGCAUGA